ACUCGAAAACGGUUGGUAAUAUAUUUUAUCCUCAAAAAAGAACACAGGAGUUGGAGAUGGAGGAUCCAGAUUUCAAAAAAGAUUGGAUGACUACUGUUACAAGCAAAGAGUUUCGAAGAGAUUAUUUUAACCGUCCAAUAAGGAUGGCGACAAGUGUAGGAGAUUUACCAUUCACAAUGGGCAAGAACCAGUUUCAUCGGGAUGAUUUAUACGUACAGUCAGAACAAAACGGAUCGACUGAUGAUAGCCUGAAAAGGCGAACCAAAUACAGAACAACUAUCAUCAUACUUCUCGUAUCAAGUUGUUUUGUUGCUCUUGCUGUAGCUCUAACUGUUGUUUUUGUCUAUUCCAAGCCAAAUAACGAAAAACAAGAAGCACCCCAUGCGUUUGUUCUGACUGAGGGGGAAAUUAGCGUGUUUCAAAACUUCACUGCGGAUUUACAUAAUAAAAAGUCUUACACAUACAUGAAAUUUACAACAGACUUUUCUGCAAUGAUGGAAAGUGGUCUUCAAGCAGAAUUCCUAUUAAGGCGGAAGUGUUAUGUAACUGAUCUCCGGAAAGGAAGUAUAAAAGUCAGUUUUCUCCUAUUUUUGGAGACUCAAAACAAGGAAAUCACUAACACGUCGGUAAAGACAAUUGUUAAAAAAGUAAUGCGAAAUGUCAAUGGAAUUUGGUAUGUUGGAAACCUUACUGUGAACGAAAGUAGUCUGUCAUUUUCAAAAAUAAACUUUUUGAAAGAUACAACAACGACUUCGGCAACAAUAAUAUCUACAUCAGCUACAACGCCAACAACCUUGACAACUAUGGCAAAUACAACCACUGCAACACCAACAACUACUACCACACCAACAACCACUACCACACCAACAACUACUACCACACCAACAACCACUACAUCACCGACAACCACUACAACGCCAACAACCACUGCAACGCCAACAACCAAUACAACGCCAACAACCACUACCACACCAACAACUACUACCACACCAACAACCACUACAACACCAACAACCACUACCACGCCAACAACCACUACAACACCAACAACCACUACAACGCCGACAACUACUACAACACCAACAACUACUACCACACCAGCAACCAUUACAACACAAACAACCACUACUACACCAUCAAUAACUACAACGCAUACAACCACUACCACACCAACAACUACUACCACACCAACAACCACUACAACACCAACAACUACUACCACACCAACAACCACUACCACACCAACAACCACAACAACACCAACAACCACUACCACACCAACAACUACUACCACACCAACAACUACUACCAAACCAACAACCACUACCACACAAACAACUACUACCACACAAACAACCACUACCUCACCGAUAACAACUACAACGCCAACAACCACUGCAACACCAACAACUACUACCACACCAACAGCUACUACCACACCAACUGCUACCACACCAAUUACCACUACAUCACCGACAACCACUACAACGCCAACAACCACUACCACACCAACAACAACUACCACUACAACGCCGACAACUAUUACAACACCAACAACUACUACCACACCAGCAACCACAACAACACCAACAACCACUACAACACCAUCAAUAACUACAACGCCAACAACCACUACCACACCAACAACUGCUACCACACCAACAACUACUACCACAACAACAACCACUACAACGCAUACAACGACUACCACACCAACAACUACUACCACACCAACAACCACUAUAUCACCGACAACCACUACAACGCCAACAACCACUACCACACCAACAACCACUACCACACCAACAACUACUGCAACACAAACAACCACUACCACACCAACAACCACUACCACUACAUCACAGACAACCACACAAACGCCAACAACCACUGCAACACCAACAACUACUACCACACCAACAACCACUACCACACCAACAACUACUGCAACACAAACAACCACUACCACACCAACAACCGCUGCAACACCAACAACUACUACCACACCAACAACCACUACCACACCAACAACUACUACCACACCAACAACCACUACCACACCAACAACUACUACCACAACAACAACCACUACAUCACCGACAACUACUACAACACCAACAACUACUACAUCACCGACAACCACUUCAACGCCAACAACUACUACAACACCAACAACCACUACAACGCCGACAACCACUACCACACCAACAACUACUACCACACCAACAACUACUACAUCACCGACAACUACUGCCACACCAACAACCACUACCCCACCAACAACUACUACUACACCAACAACCACUACCACACCAACAACCACUACCACACCAACAACUACUACCACACCAACAACCACUUCAUCACCAACAACCAUUACAACGCCAACAACUACUACCACACCAACAACCACUACCACACCAACAACUACUGCAACACAAACAACCACUACCACACCAACAACCGCUGCAACACCAACAACUACUACCACACCAACAACCACUACCACACCAACAACUACUACCACACCAACAACCACUACCACACCAACAACUACUACCACAACAACAACCACUACAUCACCGACAACUACUACAACACCAACAACUACUACAUCACCGACAACCACUUCAACGCCAACAACUACUACAACACCAACAACCACUACAACGCCGACAACCACUACCACACCAACAACUACUACCACACCAACAACUACUACAUCACCGACAACUACUGCCACACCAACAACCACUACCCCACCAACAACUACUACUACACCAACAACCACUACCACACCAACAACCACUACCACACCAACAACUACUACCACACCAACAACCACUUCAUCACCAACAACCAUUACAACGCCAACAACUACUACCACACCAACAACUACUUACACACCAACAACCUCUACCACACCAACAACCACUACCACAACCGCUAUUACACCAACAACCACUACACCGCAAACAACCACUACCACACCAACAACCAAUACCACGCCAACAAACACUACCACACCAACAACCACUCAAUACCAACAACCACCACAACGCAAACAACCACUACCACGCCAACAACCACUUCCAUGCGAACAGCCACUACCAUACCAACAACCACUACCACGCCGACAACCAUUUCAACGCCAACAACAACUACCACACCAACAACCACUAGCAUGCCACGAACUACUACCACACAAACAACAACUAUAACGCCAACAACCAGUAUAGCGCCAACAACCACUUUAACGCCAACAACCACACAACCAACCACUUCAACGCAGACAACCACUACCACCCCAACAACCACAGCCACACCAAGAACUACCACCACACCAACAGCAACUACAACGCCAAGAAUCACUACUCCACCAACAACCACAACCACACCAACAACCACUUCAACGCCAACAACCACUACCACACCAACAACCACUAGCACGCCAAGAACUACUACCACACAAACAACAACUACAACGCCAACAACCACUACCACACCAACAACUAGAGCCACACCAACAACAAGUUCAACGCCAACAACCACUACAACGCAGACAAAAUAUCUUUAGUACAUUUUUCUACAUUAGUCGUCGUAGUAGAUCGACAAUGUUGUCAGAUUUGACACAACAAUAUCUUUUAUUUUGAAGCAUAUCUAAUCUACCUUUGGGUGAUUUUGAUUUCAGUGUAGUUUAUUUUUUCAGUAGGACCUGUGCCUAGAUCGUCGAUUUAUCUUAAUCAACUUCAUCGUGUCACUUAUAAUUUUACAUACAUUGUUGAAGGGAACAUUUUUUAAGUUUAAAGAGUUUCCAUUUGUAAACUGGACCUCUGAUUUUGUAUACAUGUUUAAAAGAAUUUCAACAAUCUAUGGCCACUCAUUCUUUUAACCGUAUGCAUUCUUGGAAUUACUAUUAAACCAAUGUUCUUUUAAUAUUUAAUCUACUAGUAAUUAGUAUUUUUAAUAGUAAUAAUGGACGUGUUUAGACAAGUAAUUAAUGUGGGUAAUUUUUGUUCUAAAGUUGAUUCUGCAAUGCUUAGUGCAGCAAAAGAUUAAAUCAACAUUUGUCUGCGUUGGUGUACCAAAUGGUUGAAGUUUUUCUGAAAUUUGAUGAUUAAAUUUUUGUUUGGCGUCAACUUUGUUAAAUUCAUAGAAGAAUUACUUGUUUGUUACAUUAACUACAAAACAACUGGUUUUACGCGAUGUAGUCUCUGUUGCAUCAAAUUGUGUUAUUUUGAUAACGCUUUUUAGGGAUAACCCAAGACUGCCUUGAAAUUAACAGAGCAGUAAUUAUUGCAUGUAUAUGCCAGUUGCGUUGAAUAUUGGUGGCUAGUUAAAACUUACAGGGCGGCGUUUUUAUCAUGUUAAUUACAUGUUCUGUUUUUGGGAGGGAGCCUAUUAAUGUUGUAUAAUUAGUUACUGUGGCUGUUGAGUUUAAAAAUUGAGAAUUUGAAACAGCUGUGCUUUUUAUUAUGCCACUGCAUUGGUUUGUUCAGUGAUGACUUUGUAAAAGAAAAUUUAGAAAUACAAUUUUUAUUACGUAUAUGUAGCUAUAUUGUAUUUCAGAUCAGCAGAUCUGCAGGCACUGU